AUGGCGACAGGAGGCCAUGCCCCAGAGACAGACGUGUUGAUCAACCUGCAUCAGGGUCUGGUGGAGGAGGAGAAGACCUCUACAGAGGGCACUGAGGAUGAAGACUGGGAAAGGGCCUUGGCCGUGGAGAGGUUUGGGGAUAUCAUUACUGAGUCUGCCUCUAACGUCGCAGACAAGAUGGGUCGCUGUUACAACGAGAAGGACUUUGAGUAUCACCGACACACGUUCCAUCACACCCACCACCCCCUCUCCACCCACCUGCCCCCACCCCAGCGUUUCCGCAAGAGGGUGCUGAGCAUGGAGCGCCGCCGUAAGAAAAAGAGAAAGAAAAAGAAAACCUCCAUGCCUCCUUCUGAGGUCACGCCCACGAUCCACGAGGUGGACGAAGAGGAGGCGGAGUCGGACGCCGAGGGGCAGGGCCAAGCCGCCACACCCACCGAACCAUCUGACGAUCAGCCGCAGUUUAGUUUGGGCAGUGAAGAGGACCUGGUGCCCCCCCUCCUCAACACCAGUUUUCACAUGGAGAGCGAAGUCACCCAGGGGAGAGCUGAGGAGGUCUCAUCUAAGACCGUCCGUGCAGAGGAGCAGGAUUCACAGGGAGGGCAAGGGGAAGAUGAAGAGGAGGAAGAGGAGGUGCCCAGUAGGUUUAGCCCCUCUUCUGAACCCCCUAGCGUCACCACCACGCGAGGCUGGUUCCGUCGGAAGCCCCUCCACCGGCUGGCAGGGGCGCAGCGGACCAGCUACGACCUCCGGGAGCGCAUCUGCAUCGGCAGUAUGACUGGCAUGGAGACGGCCGUGUACCAGAAAGUGCCCACGGACGAGGCUGAGGCCCAGAUGCUGGCCAGCGCUGACCUGGACGACAUGAAGAGUCACCGGUUCGAGGAUAACCCAGGGGUGAGGCGUCACCUCGUUAAAAAAUCGUCCCGUUGUCAAAUCCAGCGGACAAGCAACAGCUCGCCUCCUCUCUCCAGCCUGAAGAAGAGGAAGAGGAUGGAGAAGAAAACUCACGAGGUGUUUGUGGAGCUUAACGAGCUGAUUGUGGACAAGAACCAGGAGAUGCGCUGGAAGGAGACGGCGCGCUGGAUCAAGUUCGAGGAGGACGUAGAGGAGGAGACAGACCGUUGGGGCAAACCUCACGUGGCCUCGCUGUCCUUCCGCAGCCUGCUGGAGCUCCGCAGGACCAUCACUCAUGGUGCCAUAAUGUUGGAUUUGGACCAGAAUACUCUGCCAGGCAUUGCCCACCUGAUGGUGGAAACCAUGAUCAUCUCGGACCAGAUCAGGGCUGAGGACCGAGCCAGCGUUCUGAGGGCCCUGUUACUCAAACACAGUCAUCCCAACGACGAGAAAGAGGGCCUUUUUCACCGGAACCACUCCACCAACAGCCUGGGCAGCUUCCACCGCAACCACAACCACGUCCUGGACACCACCUUGCCCCUCGUGUCCGAGGACCACGUGGAGCUGCGGGAGACCAAAGCGGGAGACCAUGACAAAGAGAAAUCCGUGCACCCCCUUCCUGCCGACGGACAUCCUGCCGGCAGGUCCAUGAAACUCCUCGCAAAGAUCCCCAAGGAUGCCGAGGCAACUGUCGUUUUAGUUGGGUGUGUUGAGUUUCUGGAGCAGCCCGCCAUGGCUUUCGUCAGGCUGAACGAGGCCGUUCUGCUGGAGUCGGUUCUGGAAGUUCCCGUCCCGGUCCGGUUCAUUUUUGUGCUGCUGGGUCCAACGCAGACGAACAUGGACUACCACGAGAUCGGACGCUCUUUCUCCACCCUCAUGUCCGACAAGAAUUUCCAUGAGGUGGCCUACUUCGCUGAUGAUAGGCAGGACCUGUUGAACGGCAUUAACGAAUUCUUGGACUGCAGCAUUGUCAUCCCGCCCUCUGACGUGGAGGGAAAGGACUUACUGAAGACGGUGGCCUCCUUCCAAAAGCAAAUGCUACGCAAACGAAAGGAGAGAGAGAAUAAGAAAUCUCUGAUCACUGCUCCUGGAGUCGACCAAGAGAAUAAGGACAUGAGUACAGAUGAACAAGAGGAAGAGGAUUCGGAGGUGGACCCUCUCAAGCGUUCAGGAAUCCCGUUCGGAGGUCUGAUCCAUGAUAUCCGCCGACGUUACCCCCGUUACAUGAGUGACAUCAAGGACGCCCUGGACACGCAGUGCAUCGCUGCUGUCAUCUUCAUUUACUUCGCCGCUCUGUCGCCCACAAUCACCUUCGGAGGUUUGCUAGGAGAGAAGACGCAAGGGAUGAUGGGAGUGUCCGAGCUCAUAGUUUCUACGGCGACGGUGGGUGUGCUGUUUUCCUUGUUGGCCGGGCAACCGUUGCUCAUCAUUGGCUUCUCUGGGCCUCUGCUUGUGUUCGAGGAGGCUUUCUAUAAGUUCUGCCAGGCUCAGGGCUUUGAGUACCUGACUGGUCGGGUUUGGAUCGGUUUCUGGCUCAUCUUCAUCGUCUUGGUGAUAGUGGCAGCCGAGGGUAGUUUCCUCGUGCGCUACAUUUCUCCCUUCACUCAAGAGAUCUUUGCCUUCCUCAUCUCCCUCAUCUUCAUCUAUGAGACCUUCUCCAAACUCAUCAAGGUGUUUCAAGAGCAUCCGCUGAUGAAGAGUUACCCUCCCGCCCCGGCCUUAACCGCCUUCGGCAUCGCCGAUCCGUCUCAAGUCGACAUUACGACCGACGGCCCAGUUCUCAAUCAGCCCAACACUGCCCUGCUGUCUCUAGUGCUCAUGUUCGGAACUUUCUUUGUGGCCUUCUUCCUGAGAAAGUUCCGGAACAGCAGGUUCCUUGGUGGAAAGGCGAGGAGAAUCAUCGGAGACUUUGGGAUACCCAUCUCCAUCCUGUUCUCUGUGAUCGUGGAUUUCUCCAUCCCCGACACUUACACACAGAAGCUGAACGUGCCCUCUGGUUUUUCGGUCACGUCCCCCGAUAAACGCGGCUGGUUUAUUAGUCCCUUUGGCGAUAAACAGCCCUUCCCAGUUUGGAUGAUGGGAGCCUCGGUGGUACCAGCCUUACUUGUCUUCAUCCUCAUCUUCAUGGAGACACAGAUCACCACGCUGAUAGUGAGUAAGAAGGAGCGUCGACUUGUGAAGGGAUCGGGAUUCCACCUGGACCUGCUGCUCAUCGUCACGCUGGGGGCCGUCUGCCCGUUGUUCGGCCUGCCCUGGCUGACUGCUGCCACCGUCCGCUCCGUAACGCACGUCAACGCUCUGACCGUCAUGAGCAAGGCCACCGCGCCGGGAGAGAAGCCCAUGAUACAGGAAGUCAAGGAGCAGAGGGUGACUGGGAUGUUGGUCGCCGUUCUUGUGGGCCUGUCUAUUGUAAUGACGGACGUGUUGCGCCUCAUUCCCCUGGCUGUGCUGUUUGGAAUCUUCCUGUACAUGGGCGUCACCUCCCUCACCGGCAUCCAACUGUAUGAACGCAUCACACUGAUGGUUACACCUGCCAAGCACCAUCCUGAUCACAUCUAUGUCACCAAGGUGAAGACCUGGCGAAUGAAUAUGUUCACCCUCAUCCAGUUGUUUUGUAUCAUCCUGUUGUGGGUGGUCAAGUCGACCGUGGCGUCCCUCGCCUUCCCGUUCAUCCUCAUUCUGACGGUGCCGCUGAGACGCCUGCUGCUCACCAGGAUCUUUGAGGAGCGGGAACUGCAGGCGCUGGAUGCAGAAGAAGAUUCGCCUAAUUUCGACGAGGACGGCCAGGACGAAUAUAAUGAGAUUCACAUGCUUGUCUAA